GUUGUAGUAUUGGUGUCCAUAACUUUGAUUCGUUGGGAUUUCUAUGUGCCGAGGAAAGUUUAAUUUUUAUUAAUGACAAAGGAAUCUGAUAAUAUGCCUAAUCAAAAUAGUUGUAAAACUAUAGGCAUGACCUCAGCACUGAGUAUGGCAGUACCUAAAGCUGUUGAUUUUGAUCUUACUAAUAAACUGGAAGAAUUGUUAAAAUCAUUUAAUUUAUAUGAAACAGAAUUAGAACUUAAUUUAAGAAUGGAUGUUUUAAGAAAAUUAAAUGCCAUAUUUACUGAAUGGAUCAAAGACACUAGUGUCAAAAAAAAUAUGCCUAUAGAAAUUGCAGAACAAGUUGGUGGAAAAAUAUGUACAUUUGGUUCAUAUAGAUUAGGAGUUCAUACCAAAGGUGCUGAUAUAGAUACCUUAUGUAUAGGACCUAGACACAUUGAAAGGAAUGAAUUUUUUACCUCAUUUUUUGAAACAUUGAAAAAAAAUCCUUCAGUAACUGAUAUUAGAGCAAUAGAAGAAGCCUAUGUUCCAGUUAUUAAGAUGAAAUUUGAUGGUAUAGAGCUGGACUUACUCUUUGCCCGUUUAGCCUUAAAAAUUGUCCACAAGGAUGAAAAUAUAAGGGAUGAGACCCUCCUCAAGAAUCUUGACCAAAAAUGUGUCAGAAGUCUCAAUGGAUCUCGUGUGACAGAUGAAAUAUUGCACCUCAUUCCUAAUAUUGAAAAUUUCAGGCUGGCCCUUCGGGCUAUCAAAAUAUGGGCCAAAAAUCAUGGUGUAUAUUCUAAUGUUCUUGGUUACCUGGGUGGAGUAUCUUGGGCUAUGCUGGUGGCCAGAAUAUGCCAGUUGUAUCCUAACGCUAUUGCUUCCACCUUGGUUCACAGAUUUUUCCUUGUAUUCUCAAAUUGGGAAUGGCCUAAACCAGUUUUGCUUCAGCCUAUGAAAGAAGCAAGUCCAGGCCUCAAUUUUCCAAUAUGGGACCCUAGGAUAAAUGCUGGAGACCGUUACCACCUUAUGCCAAUCAUAACCCCCGUCUAUCCUUACCAAAAUUCUACUUUUAACGUUUCCCUAUCAACUCGCACAAUCAUUGAAGAAGAAUUUAAAUCUGGUUUAGCCAUUGUAGAAGAGAUUGUCAGAGGCACUAAAACUUGGGCUGAUCUAUUCGAAGCUCCAAACUUUUUCCAGAAAUAUAAGCAUUAUAUCAUUUUGAUCGCCAAAUCACCAAACAAAGAAAUGCAACUGGAAUGGGUUGGUCUGAUUGAAUCCAAGAUCCGAACCCUGAUAACUGCUCUGGAAAGCAAUCAUCUCCUUAAACUGGCUCACAUAAACCCUAACAAUUACGAAACUCCAAACGAAUUGACGCCCUCUUAUGCCACUGAGAGUAUCAUAGAAAAUAGCGAUCACUAUCAAGACAAAAGAGAAAUAGAUAACGACCAUAACGACAUAGAGACCGAUAAAAAUGAGAGCCUUGUUCAAACUAUGUGGUUUAUAGGCCUAUUGUUCCACAAGGUAGAAAACGUUAACAUCGACAUCACCGAAAAUAUUCAGUUCUUCACUGACACAGUUAUGUGGCAAGCAGUAACCCACAACGUUUACAAAGAAGGUAUGAGCCUGGAAACCAAAUACCUUAAACGCAAACAACUAGUUCAAUACAUACCUUCGGAUAUCAUCAACAAAGGCAAAAGCCAUUCGAGAUAUUCUAGUACUAUCGAUAAGGACAUUAACAAACAACCACCGAACAACUCGGUCAUCCUAGAAGAUAGUAAUUCGACUCCCUUCAUCACAAAAACUGCCAAUGGUGACACCGAAUCCACGAUUCCCAGCUUAAAUAAUUUAGACGUGGGAGGCGGUGGAUUUUCCUUUGUGGAGAAUAAUUCAGAUCUCCUGCCAAAAAUAGACCCGGUUGAAUCGAUAGAAAUCGAUAAAAUUCCUGAUAAUUUCCCUAAUCUCGAAACUACCCCUCUCCAAAAUCUUUCUCCAAAAAUGUUAAAUGAUUGUAGCGAUUUGUCAGGCCCAAAAAAUAUUUUCUUACAGGAAGGAAUCGACUCCCACGAUGAAAAAAGCGUUACACCCAUAAAAGAAACCUUUGAUAACGCCGCUCAAGAUGCAAAUCAUUGUAUUUUAUCCAAAGAAUGUAAUAGUUUGCCUUUGGAGGAAGAUAACAAAGGUCGUUCACCACUCUAUUCAGAUGACGAUCAAAAUAGGGGCGUUCUUAAAAGGCCUCAUUCACCCGAAAAAGAUAGCCGCAUGCCAAAAACUACCUCCUGAGGUAUAUUUAUGAAAAAAAAAUUAUUGUCGAUUUUACAGAUUUAUCCAUAAAUUUUUAUAUUUGUAAAUAGAUUAUAAAUAUUUCCUUCUACAGGUUCCCUAUUUUAUUAUGUAAAUAAAUCAUUUCGUUUUUAUAUA